AUGGCUCCGAGCGCCAUCACGGUCGAGGAUACCUCCACCCUUAUCGUCGCAAGAAAGCAAAAGGAUACACCAACCCUCUACAAUGAUGUUAGCCAAGAUGAGUAUCAAAGGAAAUCCGAAAAAUACCUCCUCAACUAUGGCACAAAGUUCCACAAGGAUGUAAUUACCGGGGCUCGCGGCCUGUUCGUCUACACUGCCUCUGGCCACAAGGUCCUUGACUGGACCUCAGGUCAGAUGUCCUGUCUUCUGGGACAUGGUCACGAAGAAAUCGUCAAAGUCAUCAGUGACCAUGCCUUGGACCUUGACCAUCUUUUCUCGGGGAUGGUCUCUCCUCCGGUGAUCUCGCUUGGUGAGCGUCUCUGCGAGGCGCUUCCUGCUGGCUUAGACAAGGCUUUCUUCUUGUCUACCGGCGGAGAAAGCAACGAGGCUGCCAUUAAGAUGGCCAAGGUGUACACUGGCAAGUUUGAGAUUGUCGGCCUCGGAGCAUCCUGGCACGGAGUCACUGCUCAAGCGCUGGGUGCUCAGUAUCACUUCGGGCGAAAGGGCCAGGGUCCUCUGAUGCCCGGCAUGCUCAUGCUCCCAGCCCCAAACGCAUACCGGUCCGUAUUCCGGAACCCAGACGGGACGUAUGAUUGGGAGGCGGAACUCGAGUAUGGAUGGAGAAUGAUUGACAUGCAAUCAUGCGGAUCUCUAGCUGCCUGCAUCGUCGAAUGCAUCCAAAGUUCAGCUGGUAUGCAUGUUCUGCCUCCGGGUUAUCUCAAAGCCUUGAAGAAGCACUGUGAAGCAAGAGGCAUGCUCCUCAUCGUGGACGAGGCACAGACAGGCAUUGGCAGAUGUGGCGACUUCGUGGCAAUCAACCACGAAGGCGUUGUUCCCGACAUCUUGACCUUGUCAAAGACUCUAGGCAACGGCCUUCCCCUCAGCGCAGUCGUUACCAGCGAGAAAAUCGAGAGUGUUUGCGUUGAGAGAGACUACUGCUUUUACACCACCCACAUCAACGAUCCCCUCCCGGCUGCAGUGGGAGACAAAGUUCUUGAGAUUGUCAUGAGAGAUGACCUCGUCAGCAAGUCUCGAAAGUGUGGCGAGAUUCUUCACAAUGGUCUGAAGGAGCUCCAGUCGCGUUAUGGCUGCAUUGGUGAUGUCCGGGGGAGAGGAUUGAUGGCGGGCGUCGAGAUAGUCAGUGACCGGACUACCAAAGCCCCGGCACUGGAGUUGGCCAAGAGGAUUGGAGAUCGUGCGUACGAACUGGGCGUUUGGGCAAACUUGAGCAGCCACCCUAGUUUUGGGGGUGCUUUCAGGAUCGCGCCGCCCAUUACCAUCACUGAAGCUCAGCUCAAAGAGGGUCUCGCUGUAUUUGAGCAAGCUUUCCGGGAGAUUGAAGGAACGAUGCCUCUGUAUUAA